CGUUACUAAUGCUACUGUUACUUUACAUAGUAUUAUAUAUAUAUAUUUCUCGUUCCUGUUUUCUUUUUGGAAAAAACAUAUGGAGCAAGAAAUGGAGGAGAUGAAGAGAGAAGAAAGUGGUAACAGUCAGAAGUGGGUUUAUGAUUCUUCUGUGGAUUAUAAAGGAAAAGUUCCUCUCCGAGCUUCUACUGGCGUUUGGAAAGCCUCUCUUUUUAUCAUCACUAUUGAGUUCAGUGAGAGGCUCAAUUUCUUUGGGAUAGCGACUAAUCUCAUAACGUACCUAACACAAAUAAUCCACCAAGACCUCAACACAGCAGCAAAAAAUGUCAAUUACUGGGUAGGAUUCACCACAAUUGUGCCUUUGAUUGGGGGGUUCUUAGCCGAUGCCUACACCGGUCGAUACACUAUGGUCCUAUUUUCGUCCUAUGUUUAUCUAAUGGGCUUGAGUCUCUUGACAAUGUCCCAGUUCAUCCCAACUAUAAAGCCAUGCAAAAAUACUAGUACAGAAAAUUGCCAACAUCCGAGGAAGAUUCAUGAUGUGAUUUUCUUCCUUGCCUUGUAUAUGAUCUCAAUUGGAACUGGUGGGUACAAGCCCUGCCUUGAGAGCUUUGGGGCAGAUCAGUUCGAUGAUGACCACAGCCAAGAACGGCGGAAAAAGAUGUCAUUUUUCAACUGGUGGAAUUUUGCUCUGUGUUGUGGCAUCUUUCUUGGAGUGACAGUAAUUGUGUAUAUUCAAGACUAUGUGAGCUGGGGUGUAGCUUUUCUUAUUCUCACAAUCACUUUGGCCAUUUCUAUAGUAACGUUCUACGUGGGGAGGACUUUUUUUCGUUAUAGGGUGCCCCAAGGAAGCCCUUUGACACCAAUGAUACAGGUCUUGAUUGCAGCCAUAAGGAAAAGAAAAUUAGCUAGUCCUUUAGACCCUUCACUCCUAUAUGAAGUUCCUAAGUCAGAAAUGAUCCACGGAAGGCUUCUUUAUCAUACAAAUCGACUUGGGUUUCUAGACAAGGCCGCCAUAGUUGAAGAAAAAGAUCAAGAUGAUCUUGACCAGCAGAAACAGUCCAAUCCGUGGAGAUUAGCAACAGUGACGAGGGUGGAGGAAUUGAAGCUCAUCUUGAACACCAUCCCCGUAUGGCUAACUUCACUGGCUUUCGGAGUUACGGUGGCACAGUCCUCAACGUUCUUCGUCAAGCAAGCUGCGACCAUGAACUUAAAGAUAAACGACAACUUCAGCAUCCCUCCAGCCUCGGUGUCCUGUGUCGCCGCCAUUGCCAUGAUCAUCUCUGUCACGCUAUACGACAGAAUUGUCGUGCCGUUUUUGAGGAGAACCACGGGCAAUGAGAGGGGAUUAAGCAUUCUCAACAGGAUCGGAUUUGGACUGAUCUUUUCGGUCGUGGCGAUGUUUGUUUCAGCCUUGGUAGAGCAAAAAAGGCGCGGAGCUUAUGCAGAGAAGAGGAGCUUGAGCGUGUUUUGGUUAGUUCCACAGUACGUAAUACUUGGCGCUGGGGAUGGGUUUACUCUGGUGGGCUUGCAAGAGUACUUCUAUGACCAAGUGCCUGACUCCAUGAGAAGCUUAGGAAUCGCUUUGUAUCUAAGUAUACUCGGAGUUGGGAGCUACUUAAGCAGCUUUCUGAUUACUGUUGUGGACCAUGUAACAGAGAAGACUAGUGGGAAAGGUUGGAUUGGGAAGGACAUGAAAACCAGUCGUUUGGACAAGUUCUACUGGUUUCUGGCAGCCAUUAAUGGUGUGAAUUUGUGUCUGUACGUGAUAGUUACGAGGGGUUAUACUUACAAAAAUGUGGACAGGGACACUGAGAAGAAUGGGGUUAAUGGUAGUGUUGAAAAUGGGAUUGAACAGAUAUAGUGUUUAAAUAUGUAAUAGUGGUACAAUAUGUACCAAGAACAAUAUAAAGUAGAGGAAUAUAUGACUGAAUAAUCACUUGGUUAUUGUAUUGGAACUUCAAACAUAUUUAUACAGAGUUUAGUUACAGAAUAUGUAACUAUGUGAUA